AUGAUGAAGUUGUAUUUUCUGAUAACUAUUCUGGCAUCGCUCGCGAAUGCAGCGGCUGCGCCCAAGUACGAAUUUCCGGUUUGCAUUGUCGGCGCCGGUGUAAGCGGCCUUACAGCUGCAAAGGCACUUGAGGACAAAGGCUACAAGACGGUCAUUUUUGAGAAACGCGAUACAGUUGGUGGAAAGUGUCAGUCUCAUUACGAAGACGGCCAGUACUUCCCUCUUGGCGCUGUGCUAUUCACAGGGAGUCCAAGCUAUGCCCAAACUUAUGCGUUUGUCAAGUCUUCCGGUGUCGCGUUUGAUGAGUUCGAUCCCGCAUUUGGCUAUGACUAUAACCCCAAGACUGGCGCUGCGGCUUUGAUGCAGCCUCCGUCGCCUGCUACUGCGCAGGCUUUGCAAGAAGAGCUAAAGCGAUAUGCUGAAGUAUGGCAGAACAAGUUUGCUCCUUAUGCUGUUCCCGGCUACAAGAAUGGUGUCCCGAAAGAAUUCAUGGUUCCUGGAAAGGACUGGCUUCUCGCAAACAAGUUUCCAAUUAUAGCUUCAGUCAUCAACCGAAGCGCCGGUAACUAUGGAUACGGUGACUAUACUCAAGUUCCAGCACUUUACUACUUACAAUUCUACGCGCCCGAUAUUGUUGGAAGCUUCAUCGGCGUCAUCCAGCCCUACAAAACAGACUUUUACAAAGUCCUAAAGCGAUUAGCUCGUAAUCUAAAAGGACCAGUGCAUCUGAAUACGAGAAUCGAGCGCAUCGAACGAAAGUCGAAGCCAAGCAUCCAAUACCGUACUGCUGGAAGCAAGGAAAUCAAGACACAGCCUUGCUCCGAUGUUAUUCUCGCAUUCCCUCCCACAUCUGAUGCCCUCAAAGAGUCCGGCCUAUGUCUCUCAGGCGCAGAGAAAACUCUCUUUUCUCAAGUUGACGUCAAUGGCUACUUCUCAUCAGCCGUUCGCAUGAGCCACCUUGGCCACAAUCUCAGUGUUUCGCAAGAACUUCCAAAUCCACUUGUUCCAUUCAAACCCGAAGGCCAACCUGUAUAUCUGACACCAUUGCAUGCGAACUCUGACAUCGUCAACGUUUACUCAGUAGACGAUCCUGCCCACCCUAACGCUGCCAGUGUCAAGAAACAUCUUGUCCAAGACUUGAGCAAGAUCAACAGAGACUUGCAAGAGGUUAACGCCAAGAGUGUUGCAUUGGAUGCUGCAGAUAUCCGUGCGUUUAGUGGAAGUAUCCCCUACUUUCCUCAUGUUAGUCCGGAUUCGUUGGCAGAUGGUUGGUACAAGAAGUUUAAUAGUAUCCAAGGGAAAGAACGGACCUACUUUACUUCUGGAUUGAAUAGCUUUGAGCUUGUGGAGUAUACUAUUCGGGCUGCGAGGGAUUUGGUGAAGACGCACUUCUAA